AUGGGUAAGAAAUGUAAAAUCGAGCGUAAGAGGGACAAGGUUGUCACCGGGGGCCACUACGAUGUUGACUGUCGUCUCAAGGAUCUGGAUGGUACAGUUCUGUACAAAGAAAUGAAGAAGCAGUAUGACAGUUUCACGUUUACUGCUGCAAAAAAUGGAACGUACAAGUUCUGCUUCAGCAAUGAAUUCUCCACCUUCACACACAAGACUGUCUACUUUGACUUUCAAGUCGGUGAUGAUCCUCCACUCUUCCCCAACGAAAACCGAGUGACUGCACUAACUCAGAUGGAAUCUGCAUGCGUCUCUAUCCAUGAAGCCCUGAAGCCUGUGAUUGAUUACCAGACCCAUUUCCGGCUGAGGGAGGCACAGGGACGCAGCAGAGCAGAGGACCUGAACACCAGGGUGGCCUUCUGGUCCAUCGGGGAGGCAUUUAUCCUCCUGGUGAUCAGUAUCAGCCAGGUCGUCCUGCUCAGAAGCUUCUUUUCAGAUAAGAAAACCACAACAACCCGUGUUGGAUCCUAACAUCUCCAAGUCAUUGUUAUUUUUGAUUUCUCUGUCUCGUGUGCACACACACACACA